AUGACCUCCAACGAAGCCACCGACGAAGAUUACUUCCUCCCGGUAGAAAGCCAACGGCCCUUCGGCGCCGGAAUCCGUCGCAAGAAAGUCCAGUUCGUGCGGUCUUCGGAACAUGAGCUUAAUACUACCUCUACGCCGGCAGCGCAACCUGCCUCCUCGGGAACCAGUAUAGCGAAUACGUAUCUGUCGAUUGUUAUGCCGAAAGAGAAACAGGUUUCGGAGCCUGGUACGCCCGUUGGGCGUGUGUCUGGGGACGUGGGAAACUGUGAUGCGGAGGUGCAGUCGGCCCCGGCUUCGCCUUCUGCCGCUCCUCGCUGCGACGUAUGUAAUCUUCCGAUUGACGGGGAUGAGUCGGCACAUGGGGCUGUGAUGGCGGGUGACCGGCCGCAUGAGGCGUCGCUGGCGCAUCAGGUGUGCCUAUCGCAUUCGCAUCCGCCGUCGCAUUUGGAUCGGACGAGGCAGGGGUUGAGGUAUUUGGCUGCUUAUGGGUGGGAUCCAGAUAGCCGGUUGGGAUUGGGGGUUUCUGGGCGAGAGGGGAUUCGGGAGCCGUUGAAGGGGCGCUUGAAGGUUGAUACUGUUGGUUUGGGGGCUGAGGGUGAUGAUGAGGCGAAGGGGGGUGGUAAGGGUAAGAGUCGGGUGGUUGAGAGGCCGGCUAAGGUGCAGAAAUUGAAUGCAAAGGAGGUAAGGAAGGGAUACUUGGAUGCCAGGAAGAGGGGGGAGAAGUUGCGGGAACAGUUUUUCCAAAGUGAUGACGUUUUGAAGUAUCUUGGGCAGUAG